UUUUCCACAGACAUUCCAGUUAACUGGCAUGGAUCAGUUAAUAACAGACUUCAUAAUAGGAAAUAAUUGGCAGCAAUUGGCCAUCAAGUUGGUUCCUCACUACACGCAAAUAGUAAGUAAGGCAGGGGGGAUUGUCUCUCCAGAAAACCUUGGUAGAAUUCAAAGAGCCCUUAAAGAGGCCAACCUAAAGGAUGUGGCUGACAUAAUUGAGGAAUCACUUGUGGCAGCAGAGAACGCUUCCCUGGAUGUGGCUGUUAUUGGGGAAUCCGGGACUGGGAAGUCAAGUUUCAUCAAUGCACUGCGAGGGCUUAGUUAUGAAGAGGAGGACUCUGCGAGUGUUGGAGUUGUAGAGACCACCAUGAAGAAAACCCCCUAUCAGCAUCCAAAAUAUCCCAAUGUGACCUUCUGGGACCUGCCUGGAACUGGAACACCCAAUUUCCAUCCAAAUGCAUAUCUAGAAAUGGUGGAAUUUGCCACCUAUGACUUCUUCAUCGUGAUUUCUUCCUCACGGUUUAACCUCAAUGAUGCUUUGCUGGCCCAAAAUAUCAAGGAGAUAGGCAAGAAGUUCUACUUUGUUAGAACUAAAGUGGAUGAUGAUUUGUAUAAUGAAGAGAAAUGCAAACCCAAGACCUUCCAAAGAGACGGAGUUCUUCAGAAGAUACGAGACAACUGCCUGGCUAAUCUCAGCCACAUUGGAGUGGCUGAGCCACGCAUUUUCUUGGUCUCCAACUUUGACCUGGAUGACUUUGAUUUCCCAAAACUGGAGGAGACACUGCUGAAUGAGCUCCCUGUUCACAAGCGCUACACCUUUGUGCUCCUGUUGCCCAAUAUGUCUGAUGCUUUCAUUGAGAUGAAGAGAGCUUUCUUCAAGGAGAAGAUCUGGCUGAAUGCCCUGAAAUCAUCUGCUUUGAGCUUCAUCCCCUUAGUGGCCUGCUUUAAUGACUUUGAUUUUGUCGAGCAGGAGAAGUGCUUAAACCAAUACCAAAGCCAUUUUGGUUUGGAUGAGAAGUCAGUCAAAGGGAUUGCAGAGAAGCUGGGCAUGUCUUUGGAGGAGAUCAAGAGUUUCACCAAGUCCUUGAAUUUCUGGUUAUUUGUGAAGGAUGACAGCAUAGCAGCCAAAGCCAUGAAGUGUGCUGAAAGCUAUUGCUCAAUAAAUGGAGGUCUCCCAUCCACUAUCUUCCAGUUUUUUAAAAUCUACUUUCUGCAUUUGAAAUUCAUAGAUGCAGUGGCUGAGGAUGCUAAAAUUCUCUUGCAUAAGACUUCAGAGAGCUUAAGUCUAAGAAGAUGUCACAGAGAUGGGUCGAAGUGCCUAACUGAAUAAAAACUGGGCCUUGGGUCUUAUGUUCUAUAGGUUGGGGUGGGGUCCUCUGCCC